CUCUAGUAACCAACUUCCUUACCUCUCAAAACGCCUUCCUUCCCCGCCAGCUUCCCGCCUCUCACUCCAGCAUCCUUCCGAAACCGCCCUCCUAUGGCCGACACCUGCGCCGGGAACGGCGCUGCCACUUGCUCGAACCAGCAGAGCCUCCCUAUCCUAAACAGCCGAUUUCUCUCGCACACCGCCCUUCCGGUCCUGUGUUUCACACCAAUAGCCGCCCUUAUCCUUUUCCCCCUGUUCUGGCGGGCCCUAGGCUCCUUGCUCGGCUGGUACCUACGCAAGAAGACGGACGGGCGCCGAUGUCAUAUUCUAGAGCUCGUGGAGGCCGACGAGAAAAAGUACAAUGAGAGCAGGCGCACCAGCACCAGCAGCAGCACCAGCGGCGGAGAGAGUGCCGAGGAUGGCGGCUGGGAGAAAGUGGAUGCUUACACGACGGGAGCGGCGAGGAACGGCGACGUGUCCGACGACAACUGGGAUGGCAUUGUGGGAUUCUUUCACCCAUUCUGCAAUGCCGGUGGAGGCGGAGAGAGAGUCCUCUGGGCCGCAGUCCGCGCGACACAGCAGCGCUGGCCCAAGGCCAAGUGCGUCAUCUACACGGGCGACCAUGGCGUAAGCAAAGACGCCAUGCUCGCUCGAGUAAAGAACCGCUUCAACAUCCACCUGCAUCCCCCAACCAUCAACUUCCUAUACCUCUCCACCCGCCACUGGGUCCUAGCAUCCACCUGGCCGCGCUUCACCCUCGCCGGCCAAUCCCUCGGCUCGCUCAUACUCGCCUGGGACGCCUUCUCGCUCCUCGUCCCCGACAUAUUCAUCGACACGAUGGGCUACGCCUUCGCCCUCGGCCUGUCCAAGUUCUUGUUCGGCGCCAGCGUGCCCACGGGUGCGUACGUGCACUAUCCGACCAUCUCGACCGACAUGCUCGACUCGCUCGAACCGGGCGCUCCCGAGGCGCCGGCACGCGGGGUCAACGCCGGCCAGGGCGCCGGCGUCCGUGGCAAGGUGAAGAAGGCCUACUGGCGCCUCUUUGCGGCCGCGUACUCGCGCGUCGGUGCGUCCGCGGACGUGGUCAUGACCAACUCGACCUGGACCCAGGGUCACAUCCGGCGGCUGUGGGGCCCGCUGAGGAACGCGAAGAAGCCGGCCGCCCACCCCAUCGCCGUCGUGUACCCGCCCGUCGCGGUGCGCGAGCUGGAGCACGAGGUCGAGGUCACCCCGGCGAGCGAGGCGAGGAGGGAGAAGGUGCUGCUGUACAUUGCGCAGUUCCGGCCCGAGAAGGAUCACGAGCUGAUCCUGCAAGCCUUUGCCGAGUUCCUCAAGUCCGGGGCCGACGCGGCGAAAGACGCCAGACUGGUGCUGGUGGGCAGCGUGCGAGACGAUCAAGACUCCAAGCGGGUGUAUCAGCUCCGCUUGCUGGUCAACGAGCUGCAGAUCAGGGACAAGGUCGAGUUCCACCUGGACGCCUCGUGGCCUGAGAUCCUUGAUUGGCUGCGCCGGGCGUCGGUCGGGGUCAAUGGCAUGUGGAACGAGCACUUUGGGAUCGGCGUGGUUGAGUACCAGGCCGCCGGCCUGGUGGCCGUGGUGCAUGAUAGUGGCGGGCCGAAGAUGGACAUCGUGGUUGAUAUUGACGGGGAGCCGACUGGAUUCCACGCGAGCACUGCGAGUGAGUUUGCGGAAGGCUUCGGGAAGGCUUUGAGCUUGCCCGAUCCGUACGCCGUUCGCCAACGGGCAAGACAGUCGGCCAAGAGGUUCACCGAGGAGGAGUUUGCGAGGAGGUGGACGGAGCAGAUGGAGAAGCUGGUGGCUGCGAAGAGGGGAACUACAAAGGCAUGAUUUCUGCUUCCUUCCCCCCCGGCUCUCUUCUUUCCUCUCGUUCGUUCUUUCGGAUAUAGAGCAUGGAUACCCCCUCUUCCCUCAAAGUCAGUAUGGAUAGCGGGCGUUACAACGGCAUAUC